AUGGCAUCUCGGAUCAAUCAAACUAACAAGCUGUCAAAAACGCGGUUUGACUAUGGUGAGAAUCCAAGUAAAACGUAUGUCAACCCUAAUACUAUGAACUUGCAAAUAUCCACCUCGACUGCACUGACCCGACUUCAGACAUCAGCUACGAUUCACACAACACUACAAUCCACUCCAUCGUGUAUGGCCCCUUGCACUAAAAACACUUUUCAGUAUUCCCAAAUGUAUGAAAGUUUAUUGGAAUACCCUUCAGCACUCCGCAUGCUAGCGGAUCUUGCACCUAUCACGCAUGCUUCUUCUACACAUAGAUCCACAGCAGAUGGCAUUCAUCAAAAUUGGGAAUCUGUACCAUCCAAAUCAAAAGAAACACAAAACAUAAAUACCAAACUGGUUUACAAUCAUUCUGGGAUUUCAAGUUUGGUGUAUGCAGCCGCACUCUACGAAAGCGGUGGAGUGAAUCCCGAGUCGAUGAAUUCAUCACAUUCCGUACAUGAAACCCACAAAGAGGAUUGCACAGCAGCUGCUGAAGGAUUUAAAAGAAAUCGUCAUUUGAUUCAUUCAGGUUUAAAAAAUGAGCAUAUUGCAUCUAUACAUAAUAAUGGAUCGAUUGCUUUACCACACAAGACAGUCGAUAUACCAUUGAAUCAAAAACCCAUCUCGUCAGCAAAAAAAUGCAAGGUAGUGACUAAAGGCACCAGAGCUGGGAAAUUUACUACAGAAGAGGUUGAUCGUCUCAAGACAGGGUUGGAGAUUUAUGGUCGUGACUGGAAUCAACUGGCACGACAUAUUGCAACAAGAGAUGCCAGUGCAGUUCGAAGCCACGCACAAAAACAUUUUAUUAAACUCUUUCGUGACAAUAUCCCACUUCCUAAAAAGGUAUAUGAAUCUGGUGCUGGCUAUUCGCUAAGUGGCAAACCAUUAAAUCCAAAUUCGGCUGCUGCUAGACCUUACCUUAAAAAUCGGACUAUCCCCCUGUAUAUCCCAUGCCAAGUUGCUGAAAAGGAACAAGUCCCCGAAUUUAUUACCGAAUCAACUCAGCUUCAAUUUGAGCUACCUAGAGUGCGAAUGAACAUGCAUUAA